AUGCUUACCUUCUAUCGUAAGGAAGCCUUUGAGCUAUGGGCACAAUAUACCAACAGUGAGGACCAUGGUGAUGAUGCAUCUCUUGGGAGAUAUACUAUACAAGUACCUCAUAAUAGUGAGAAUGAUGAAGGACCUAAGAAGAUUAAAGUCCGAGCUAAGCUCAGUCUACAUGGUACAUUCAGUAUUGAGAAUGCUAUUAUGAUAGAAGAGGAAGAGUAUCAAGUUGUAGAGAAGGAGCGUAGACGACGACGACCUAUUAAUAAGGAAACUAAUGAUGAUGAGAAUAUGGUAGAUGCCUCUCCUUCAGCAGCAGCAGCUACUACUACUAUUACCAAUGAUGAUGUGAAUAUGCAGCCUGCUGAGGCUCCUGCUGCUCCUGCUGCUGCUUCUGGUAUUAGUAAUGAGAUGGAAGGAAAGGGAGAUGAGUUCGAGGAGGACGAGGAGGAGGAGCUAGUUGAAGUGACCAAGAUUAAAACUCGGACUAAGAAGACCGAUAUACCCAUUAUUCGUUCUGGUCUACCUGGUAUGUCGGAAGAUAGGCUAAGAGCUGCUGAAGAUGAUGAGUUAAAGAUGAGAAAUAUUGAUAGGGAAGUGGCGGAGACUGAUGAGAAACGUAAUGAGUUAGAGAGCUAUAUCUUCGAGAGCAGGUAUUCACCAUCAUCUAGAUGGUAUGAUUUCCUUAGUGCAGCCCAGAGAGAAGAAUUAUCUAAUAUAUUAAUGCAGACUGAGGAUUGGGUAUAUGAUCAUUACGAGGCUGAGUACAUGGACAAGCUGAUAGAGAUACGUGCAUUAGAGAUGGAGCUGAGAGUCGUGCUAUGGAAGCUAGUCUAA